UUGCGCAUGCCUGGGCGGGGCCGACCGUGCUUCCACAGAGCUGCGACUAGGGCGCCCCAGCUGGGUCCAAGAUGGAUAUCCCGGAGGUGUUCGCAGCCCAGACCCCUUGUGGAGCCCAACAUGGCGGCGGCUCUGGCCGACUCCGCCAAAGUCCAGGGCCGCCUCCCAGCCCCGGCCCUGCGCGCCGCCACCUGCUGCUCCUGCGUGGUCCUGAGGAUGACGGGUCCGGACCACUGCGAUGGGAGGCCCUGUCGGCGACGGCGGACCCUGGGCCAAGACCACCGACCCUAGAGGAUGGCGGCGACUCCUUCUUGGUGCUGCUAGAAGUGCCUCGCGGCGCCCCGGCCGAGACUUCUGGGCGACGAGAGGCUGAGUCUGGCGCUGGCGCGAGUUCUGCUGGAUGCCCUCAGCAGGGCUCCAGCGGUGCGGCUGCCAUCCCCGGGCCCGGUGCGACCCUCAUGAACACAGCCACCCUUAGCAGCCGGGACUUGGUCGUGCGCUUCAACCGGGGCGUCUUCACGCUGGCUGCUGCUCAGCUGCCACCGCAGGAUCCCCCAUCCCGGGGGCCCGUCCGGGGCCCGCCCCCACAGCCAGGCGAGGAGUCUGCGAGCCCGGCCGAGGGCCGCUCUGGGCCCCCGGGUCCCAGCGCGCUCCGCUACUGCUGCCCUGAGCCUCAGUGCCCGCUUUCCUUCGCCAAAAAGCAUCAGCUUAAGGUGCACCUGCUGACACAUGGAGGCAGCCAGGGCCGACGACCCUUCAAGUGUCCCCUGGACGGCUGCGGCUGGGCCUUCACCACCUCCUAUAAACUCAAGCGACAUCUGCAGUCGCACGACAAGCUGCGGCCUUUCGGCUGCCCGGUGGGUGGCUGCAGCAAGAAGUUCACCACCGUGUACAACCUUAAGGCACACAUGAAGGGCCACGAGCAGGAGAACUUGUUCAAGUGUGAGGUGUGCACGGAGCGCUUCCCCACGCAGGCCAAGCUCAGCUCCCACCAGCGCAGCCACUUCGAGCCCGAGCGGCCAUACAAGUGUGACUUUCCUGGCUGUGAGAAGACCUUCAUCACAGUGAGUGCUCUGUUUUCCCAUAACCGUGCCCACUUCAGAGAACAGGAGCUCUUUUCCUGCUCCUUUCCUGGCUGCAGUAAACAGUAUGACAAAGCCUGCCGCCUGAAAAUACACCUGAGAAGUCAUACAGGUGAAAGACCUUUUAUUUGUGACUCUGACAGUUGUGGCUGGACCUUUACCAGCAUGUCUAAACUCCUGAGGCACAAAAGGAAACACGAUGAUGACCGGAGGUUUAGCUGUCCUGUUGAAGGCUGUGGGAAGUCAUUCACAAGAGCAGAGCAUCUGAAAGGCCACAGUAUCACCCACUUGGGCACGAAACCAUUUGAGUGUCCUGUGGAAGGGUGCUGUGCCAGGUUUUCUGCUCGUAGCAGUCUCUACAUUCACUCCAAGAAACACCUGCAGGAUGUGGGUGCUCCAAAAAGCUGUUGCCCGGUCUCCAGCUGUAAUAGACUGUUCACGUCCAAGCACAGCAUGAAGGCACAUGUCAUCAGGCAGCACAGCCAGCACCCAGAUCUCUUCCCUCAGCUAGGAGCUCCGAGUUCUCUUCCACUCAGUGAACUUGGCAGCCCAGGCCAAAGUGAGCUCAACAACAUAGACCUGGCAGUACUCUUCUCUGAUGUACCUGCUGAUGGUAGUAGUGCAGCAGGGGCCUCGGAUGAGGCACUGACCCCUGGAAUCCUGACUAUUGAUGUGACUUCUGUGAGCUCCUCUCUUGGAGGGAACCUUCCUAAUAAUAGUUCUUUAGGGCCAAUGGACCCACUGGUCUUGGUGGCCCACAAUGACAUUCCUCCAAGCCUGGACAGCCCUCUCGUUCUUGGGACAACAGCCACAGUUCUUCAGCAAAACAACUUCAAUAUGGAUAAUAUGCAAACUGUAAGUGCAGGAGGAUUAGGCUGUCUGGUAGCUCUUCCUGUCAAGAACUUGAGUCAGGACCCACAGGCUUUGACUUCCAGCAGCAGUUUAGCAGUGAACACCACCACCCUGACCUCUUCAAGCAACCUCCCAGGGAACACCAGUGCCCCAGAAUUGCUGUCUUCAAUCAAAGUGGAACCAGACUUACCUCCUGGCCCUGAAGCUGUCAGGCAGCAAGAACAAAGCAGAGAGGUGCCCUGGCCUGUGUUCUCCAGCCCUCCAGAAAAGCACAGUCCUGAGAGAGACACAGGGCUCAGUGCAGGGACUGGCAACUUUUAUUUGCUGAGUGACGUUGGGCUGCCUCGAUUUUCUGAGCACCGAUGGUGUGUGGUGAAUGGGUUACAGGAAAGUGGGGGCUCAGCAAGAACUGAUUCCCGAGCCAUUCAACUAGUCAAGAAAAAAAAGCAGAAAGGAACUGGGAGCAAUGCAGAGAGAGGUGAAGAAGGGUGGGAGAAAGAGAGGAAGAGAAACAUUGUUUGGUUGCCUCUUGUACAUUCCAUGACUGGGACUGAACCUGAAACAUAGGCAUGUGCCAUGACUGGGAAUUGAACCCGUGAUCAUAAACUGCUGGUGACCUUUGGUUUGUGGGACAGUGCUCCAGCCAACUGAGCCACACCAGCCAGGGCAAUACUACUAGUAUUAAAAGUAUACAAUUUAAAGACUUGGCGCAGAGAAGAUUUACCUUGUUUUGGUUGCUCUCCACAUGUGCUCAACAGCAGAACUAUAAAAGACUUCAGGCCAUUUAUGUGAAUAUUUAUAUGAAGGCUUACAUUAUCAAACAUUAGAAAGUAAAACCGAAUGGAAAUCUAGGAUUGGAUAAAUAAAAACCAAUAUCUGAAGUGGUUAAUUAACUAAUUUACAGAUGAAGCAGAAAAAGAUACAAAAGAUGUUUGCACUGGGAGUAAUAAAGUUGAUUCAAUAGAUCCUAUUCCAUGAACAUGGAAUAUUUAUAGAAAUUAAACUGAACAAAUUAGGCUAUCAGAAUGCAUUACAAAAUUGUUAGGCAAAAAUCCCCAGCCUGAUAGUGUAUGUAUUUGACCAUACUGUGAUAAAAUAGAAAGUAAACAUUACUUGGGAAACAAAAGAAAACCUAUCAAAUUCUUGGGUAAAAGAGGCAAUAAAAGCUCAUUACAAAUGCUUAUAGAAGAAAUGGACAGACUUCCACCAAGAUGGAGGCAUAGGUGGAGACACCAUGCUUUCUCACACAACCAAGUUUAGAGACAACAAAAUUUUAGCAACAAAAAACAUAGCCAGAAUACAAAAAAUUGAACUUUUCAGAAGUCCUAUAACGAAUUCUUCAGCCUGACCGUGUCACAACCCAGCGACCUGAGCAACCCUGCCCUGGUGAACACCUAAGGCUUCGCUCCUCACCCAGCGGCAGGGAGUAGGACAGGGGGAUGCCAUCUCCCCACUCUGACCCCACCACCACAUACAGCGUCACAACCCAGCGACCCUGCCCUGGAGGCCCCGCCCCACCCCGCCCCUACGGCUCCACUCCUCAUACUUAAUGGACGGGAACAGACCAAAAAUGGCUCAAGAAGAUCUCAAAGCCCCAGAGCCCAUAAAUCUAAGUGACAAAGAAAUAGCAAAACUUUCAGAUGCAUAGUUCAAAACACUGGUGAUCAGGAUCCUCACAGAACUGAUCGAUUUUAGUCACAAAUUAGAGGAACAUAUGAACGCUGAACUAAUUGAAAUGAAGGGGAUUGCACAGGAAACCAAUAGUGAUGAAAAGGACACUGGGACUCAAAUCAAGGGAGUGAACCAGAAGGAAGAAAAAAAUGACCAAACAGAAAAGAAUGAAGAAACAAGAAUUCAAAAAAAUGAGGAGAGACUCAUGAACCUCCAGGACAUCUUUAAAUGCUCCAACAUCCGAAUUAUAGGGGUACCAGAAGGGGGAAAGGAACAGCCACCAGUGGAAAACUUAUUUGAACAAAUAAUAAAGGAGAAUUUCCCCAAUCUGGCAAAGGAAAUAGACUUCCAGGAAAUCCAGGAAGCUCAGAGAGUCCCAAAGAAGUUGGACCCAAGAAGGAACACACCAAGGCACAUCAUCAUUAUAUUAGCCAAGAUGAAAAUGAAGGAGAGAAUCCUAGAAGCAGCAAGAGAUAACGGGACAGUCACCUACAAAGGAGUUCCCAUCAGACUGUCAGUUGAUUUCUCAAAAGAGACCCUACAGGCAAGAAGGGGCUGGAAAGAGGUAUUCCAAGUCAUGAAAGGCAAGGACCUACAUCCAAGAUUGCUCUAUCCAGCAAAACUUUCAUUUAGAAUAGAAGGACAGAUAAAGUGCUUCUCAGAUAAGAUCAAAUUCAAGGAGUUCAUCACCAAGCCCUUAUUAUAUGAAAUGGUAAAGGGACUUAUCUAAGAAAAAGAAGAUAAAAGAUAUGAACAGUGAAAGGACAGCAAACUCACAGUUAUUAACAACCACACCUAAAACAAAAGCAAACUAAGAGGACAGCUAGAUCAGGAGCAGAACCAUAGAAAUGAAGAUCUCAUGGAGGGUUAGCAACAGGGGAGUGGGAGAAGGAGAAGGGGGAGAAGGUACAGAAAAUAAGUAGCAUAGAUGGUAGGUAGAAAAUAGAUGGGAGGGCAAGAAUAGUAUGGGAAAUAUAGAAUCUAAAGAACUUGAGACACAUGGUCAUAAACUAAAGAGGGAAUGGUGGGGGUGAGUGGUGCAGGGUAGAAGGGAAUGAAGGGGGGAAUAGAACAACUGUAAUGGCAUAAUCAAUAAAAUAAAAAUUUUUAAAAAAAGAAGUGGACAGCCAAGUGGUUUUAUGUUUGAACUCUUGAGCAAGCGUUUUCUCUGUGCUUCAGUUUUCUCCUUUGUAAAAUAGUAAUAGAAGCAGCUAUAUUGGAUUCUUGUGGGGAAUAAGUGAGAUAAUACAGGUAAAGUGCUUACAAGCACUCCAAAUCUCAGCUACUUACUGUUGUUAAGGAUGAAAGAUAGGGGAUAUGGCUAAAGCCAGACAGAAGUUUAUGCAGUGCUUGUCUUCCUAUUAAGUAAGAGAGAGGAAGUUAAGUGGAAUAAACUUAUUUCAGGUGGAAGAACAAAUCUAAGAAGAAUCAGAAAUCUGAAUUUUGAUGCUUAAGUGUGACAACCUAUUCAGUGUGGACCAAACAAAAAAUCUUUAUGUGUAUAUAACUCCUAGCUUGUCAGUUUCUACCUCUGAGCAAUAUCACCAAGAAAAAAAAAGUAUAAGUGAAUUUCACAGAUUCAAAAAAUAAGUAUCAUUAAAACUCUAUGAUAAUAAAUUAGAGUGCUUGCAACAAAAUGCACACUUUCUAGGAAAACAAAGUAUCAUUAUUCAAAAAUAAAAACUGUGGGUAAAGUUAGUAUUUCAGAGUCUCAUGCUUGCCUGUUACACAGUUUCUCCUUGUCCAUAUGUGUAGUAGCCGCUGUUCUAGUGUUUUUGUGGAAAAUAGGAAACUCCUUGUGAUCUGGGUACAAAGCCUGACAAGGAUACCCCAUGAAAGGAGAGCUGUACAUUGAUGUUUAUGACAAUUGAUGGAAAUGUUCUCAAAACACAUAGGAUCUGGCAAUGAAUUUAAUAUUCUGACUAGUAGGGUUUAGAGCCAUAGCUUGAGGACAUUUCACUGUUUUCACUCUGUUUAUCACAAUAGGUUGGUGAAGAACUUUAUUAUUUUUCUCAGGAUUCUAUAUUUAUUUUAAAAAUUGAUAUCCAUUACUGAUGGAAAUAGAAUGUAGUAAAAAUUCUGAAUCCCAAACCAAGAGCCAGUAUAACUACUUAAUGGUGAGUUAGCAGACACUCUACGUGUGUGCAAGAAUUAUAUUUGUUACCAUUAUCACCCUUGGUAUUUAAUUUUGUUCUUGAGUUUCUUGCCAUUGAAAUAAAGUAAAAAAGAGAAAAACUAUAAGGAGGAGACAUACAAUAAUUUGGAUAUUAUUUGUUUGUUUAUUAGAAAACUCAAAAGAAUCAGCCCUGGGUGGUGUGGCUCAGUGGAUUGAGUGCUGACCUGUGAACCAAAGGGUCACUGGUUCAAUUCCCAGUCAGGACACGUGCCUGGGUUGCAGUCUGGGUCCUUGGUGAUGUGCAUGAGAAGCAAUAACACAUUGAUGUUUCUCUUCCUCUUUUCCUCUCUUUCUCUCUCCCUACCCCUCUUUCUAAAAAUAAAUAAAAUCACUUUUUUAAAGAAAAUUCAAAAGAAUCAACUGAAAAAUUAGAACUUAAAGGAUAUUUAAAUGGCCAGUUUUAAAGUAAAGGUAUAACCAUUUGCAGUGUCCUGUGUGGCUCCAGGAGCUAAUUAGGAAAUACAAUGGAUAAAAUACCUCAUUCACAAUAGCAACAAAAAUUACAAAGUAUCAAGAAGGAAAUUUCACAAGUGAGCAGGACCUGAGUGGAGGAGACAUAAAACCUGAUGGAAAAGGAGACAAGGCAACUCCUUUCUUCUGAUACAUAUCCCUGCUGGGGGCCUGAAACAACACAGAUACCACUGCUUGCAUUCUGAUUGGGGGGGGGGUGAGGUUGGAGCAUUUGAUAAACAAGAAAAAACUAAAUCAGAUGGUAAAUGUGAAUAAAAUGAGAAUAAAAUGUGAUGGACUCUACUUUUAAAAUGGUAGAUGCCUCAAAGAAGGUGACAUGGAGGAGGUGAGGAAGGGAGCACCUGGGCAGAACUAAUGAGCCCCUUAGGCUGGAGGGUGCUGUCGGUAGAAAGGCCUUUGUUAGUAGAGCCAGGCAGCCUAGGGGAGAAUUUUUGGGAAGUGGUCAGAGAGCUUCUGGGAGGCAGGCUGUUUAGGGCCUCAAGAUCAUUGUCAGAACUUUGGCUUUCACUCAGAUGGGAAAACAGGCAUAAUUAGAAAAGUGACAUGAUAUUUUUUAAGGGAUUGUUCUGGCUGCUCUUCUGAAAAAUAAAAGGCAUUGGGCAAUGAGAGCAGGUAGAGGUUUCUUGUAGCCCUCCAGCAAGAAAUGAGGGUAGCUGGUAUCAGGCUUGUCGCUCAACAGUGGGUAGAGUCGCCAACAGCUGUGGGUUUUGUGAGAGAAGUCAUUGCAGACAUGCUAACUCUUCCCAUGAUAUUUUAUAUUUUAAUACAGUUCCAUUUGAAAUUCCUGACAGAUUUCAGAGCAAUUGUGAAGAAGCUAUGCGUAAGGACUUAUAAGGAAACAUGGAGAAACUAGCAUAUAGGAUUUGCACUGUGCUUGUUAGGGCAUCUCACAAGCUACAGUUAAAACUCAUUGUGCUGGUGACCUAUAGGCAGACAGGUCACCAAAUCUACACACACUGAGACACAGGCCUAAGACCACAAACCUCUGUGUGUAUAAAGGUGGCUCUUUCAAUCAUUUACAAAUGAGUGAUGACCUUUUGGGAAAAAAUAUAUAAAAAUUCCCCACAAGAUAAAGAAUAAAGAUGAGCGAUUUAAGGGAUUUUUUUUUAAACAUGGAAAGCUGAAAUAAUAGCCAACACUUUGUUCUCUUCUGUGUGCUUUAUGUGUAUUACCUCAUAUUGGAUCUUUAAAUAUAACCUUCUAAGGCAGGGGUGUCAAACUCAUUUUCACUGGGGGGCCACAUCAGCUUUGUGGUUGCCUUCAAAGGGCCGAAUGUAAUUUUAUGACUAUGUAAAUAUAACUACUCCUUAACUAGGCAAGGAGCUUGGCACUGCUGCCCGUAAGAAACAAGGUGCCAGACCGGAUAAAACAAGGUGGAGGGCCAGAUUUGGCCCGUGGACCUUGUGUUGGCCACAUUUGUGUUCUAAGGUAAGACUGUUAGUACUGGACCUUUCUGCAACUAGGCCACCAAGGCCCCUCUCCCCAGCUCACUCACUGCUCAGAGGUUACGUAUGUCCAUAGGGAGACAGAGGCAUGGGCUUUGAAGACUAAUUAACAUCGAAAGGUUUCUAAAUAAGCAGAAACUAUGAAAUGAUAAGAAAGAUGACCACCCUUGUAAAAAACUGAUAACGGUAUAUGAGCCAACACUGUGCAGAAGGCUGCUGACAAAUGAGCAAGUGUCUUAGCCAUAAGCCAACAGAGUAUGCUUGGACCUCAGAGGUGAGGAAGGAAACCCAGAGCUUGCAUAGGUGUGCAGGGGGCAAAUUCUCAUGCUUUGCUGGUGAGAGCCUCACUGGGGAUGACAUUCCUGGGGUGGGGUCACUUGAUAAUGUUUUGAAGAGCCAGAGAAUAUGCAUAAUGUUCAAUCUUGCAAUAACAUUUUUGGAAUUUAUCUCAAGGAAGUAUUCAGGUAAAUGUGCCAGCUGCAGCUCUGUGUGGAAGUGUGUGUUAUUGAAUAUUUAUAACUCAAAUGUCCAGUAAAGGGGCACACUUUGUGUGUAUUUUUGUUAAGUCCAUGUUUGUAAGAAAAGCUGGGUAUGUUGAUGUGUGUAUUUUUAUAGAAACAAAAGUGGUAGAAUUAAUGUUAAUGCAAGGAUAGUGGUUUUUUUACUUUAUGGAUUUUUAAAUCAUUAUUUUUUUACUUAAAAUAUAGUAACUAUAUAAUUUAAAAAUGAGUAUUAAUACUACACCUCCCCCAUUUACAUACUGAGAACUAGAGCAGCUGUGUCCCAUGAGUGGAGCACACAGCAGAAGUUUCUUAAGUUGGACCUGCAGCACUUGGGAGUGCUCCCCAUAUAUCUCACCAAUAAACUGAGAAAUGUAGUCUAGAAUCAGUUUCCCUUCCUAGAAGGGAGUGGGGCUUGAGAGCAACAGGAAACAGGCAAGGGCCUGGCAUCAUGGGUCAGGGGCAGCUCUGUGGCUCCUUGACUUUAGCCCAGGUCAGCUUGUCCAACACUGGAAGAUAGGCAUGUGGGCAGAGGGUGAGGUGAGACUACUGCACUUGGUGCUGCUGGUCAGUCCAUGUUCCUGGAAUGUUAGAGUGAAUAAUUGGGUUGAAAUGAGCCCUGAAAUUAGGUUAGUGAUCUACUUUUUAAAAUACAUAUAUGGACUUUUUUUACAUUAAAACACAAAUCUUUGUGCAUGUGAGUUACAAAGUUGCUCCCUUUCGUUCCUGUUGCUGCUGUGAUGAAAGCAGAAGGACCAUGCUGAGGAGGACAGGAAGAGUGCCCUGGUAUGGCUGUCAGUUAACUAGGAAGUUACAGCAAGCAAUUGUGACUUUUUUCCAAAAGAGAAUUCUAGUAACCUUCACAUGGACAUUGAAUGUAAAGGCCAGUGUGGUUUAUGAAUGGUGUCAUGAAGCAACCCCCCCCAGUGGGUGUGGAUGAGGAGUCUUGACUACAGAUCCAGAAACACCGCCCUAGCAAUGUGGAAGAAAAUGUGUCAUCAUCACUCAGGGCUUUUUACACCCUGUAGGCCCUGUUUAGGCACCUUGGGGCAGAUGUAGCCUGUGAUUGGGGAAGGAAAGUGAAUUUGAACUAUUGGUGACAUGGGUGGGGGGGCGUCUACUCUGAACUCUUCUUUAGAUGAGGGAUGUGUUGGCUUCACCUGGCCAUGAUAGUUCCCUGUGCUGACCUUCACGUUCCUGGGCUUAGAGCCCUUCAGGCUAGGUAAGCACAGCUUUGGAAAGCUACUCAGAGAGUGAGCCUUUUGCAGUAGACUCAUGGGCAAGAUCAUAUUCCUCUCUGGUCAUUGAUCCCUCAAGUGCAAGGAUUAUGUCUGUUCAUGGACUCCAGCUAUGGUUUUAAAGGCAAGCAUAGCUGGAGAUCUCCCAUAGUGUAGUAAAAGAGUUUGGUGACAGUAACCUUCCUAUUGUUUGGGUGGAAAAUUGUGACUCCUCUCUCUGAACAGGCUCUGAGUUGAGGUGUCCAGUUGAAAGCUCUCAUCAGCAGGUCUCUACCUUUUAUACAGAGGAGGUCUCUGUUUAACCAAAAUUGUAAUCAGCUUUGCUACACAUUGAAGAGCUUUGCUCUCCAUGUGACCCAUGGUGACAGUGCCAAGUGGCGGUGCCUACAGAUUCAGAGCGCUAAUUCUGGAGUCAGGAAUGGGGACAGGUCUGCUCCUCUGGAUACAGUGACCUUGGGCAAGUGUCCAGCCUCUGGUUGCAGCAGCAUCCUCUGUGAAAGAGAGACAAUGUGGGAGCUGCCCUUCUAGAUGGUUGUGAGAGUCACAUGCAAAGAUUCUUACAAAACAUUCAAUCGAAGGCUAAUGAGAGCCCCAGUGAUAGGUUUAAUUAAAUGUAUGUUUUGCUUAUCACAUCUCCUGUAUGUUCAUUUAAUGUUUUUGUUGGAGCAGAAUAAGGAAGACAGUGGCAGGGCUUUGUGUGUAUUUUUAGAUCCUGUCCCUGAGAGCUUACCUGACAAAAUUAGGUAUUAUGACCUUAGGCAGAAUCCCUGCUCCAUGUGGGCUUGCUCUCCUUGCUCCCUAAAGCCUGACCCACCAUUCUCUGCCUGAUGAGUACUCAAGUGGUCCUGAGCUGCUGACAAUGCUCGGACAUACGCAGUCCUGCAGCCUGCCCUCGUUUCUCUGUUACUCUGAGAGCUCCUGUUAAUCCUUUCUAUGUGCCAUUUGACUUUCCCAUCCGUGGAGACUGCUUCUCAGACUCAGCCAGGGUUGGCUGGUGAGAACAUUGAUAGGACACUAGGCAGAGGGAAGAGGGGGAACCAGUUCCUCGUUUGUGCUCUGCUUUUUUAGGAAUUCUAUGAUAAUGCUCAUGUCUCCUAUGGUUUUAGUUCUUGCUGGGUUGCCCUUGAUGUCAUUCUGGAUCCUAUACACUGUCCCUCUUUCUGGACUUGUGUGCUAUUGCUUUCCUGGUGUGCCCAUCUGGCUGUUUGUUUGUUCCUUAGUGCACUGUCACUGAUGUACUGCAUUGUGUGCAUGAAGUCCCUCUGAGUGCAAUAAGCUAGAGUGUUCCUGUAGUCCUGAUGGGACCCUGACAGCUCCCCUAACUAAAAACAGUUUGUCAAGGGCGAUUGCCUACAUUAUGGCACUACAGUAUCCCCCAAACCUUGCUCAGGUCUCUUGGCAGUAACCCCCUCAUGGUUCCCAGAGUACCCUGUAUUCCUUCAUCAUUGUAUUUUGAUUGUGGGUUUGUCUGUAUGACCCUGAAAAACAUACAUAUCUGCAUUUACAACACACCAGCCAUUGGAAGCUCCAUGGUAAGGCUCAUCAUUAUUAGCACAGUAUACAGUGUAGUAAACAGUCAGUAUUUAUAGAAAGAACGUAAACAGGUUGCUGGUAACUGGGCACAUUACAAUAAAAACCAUUCAGUUAGCCCACUUCAGUGCUAAACCUGACAGGUAUGACCACUAAUUAAAUGGUACCCAGUAUUGUUCAGAGUUCCUUCCAUCUGUUAGCACCUGGAGUCCUUACAGUACCAGUACCCCAUUUUCUGGAUGAGGAACUUAAGGCAUAUAGAGAUUAACUUGAUGGGAUCUACAUAGCUAGUGGCUGACCAGACCAAGAGUCAAACCCUCAGCUGCAUAAAACACAUGGGAACUAUCACUGUCAUGUAAAGUGUACCUGGAACUCCCAAGUAAUUAAACUAGCACUUGGACUCUGGGUCAUUAGGACUUGUCCAAGGUUCUGGGUGGGUGGGGUUAGACAGCUCUCAGCAUGAUCUGCUACAUGAGAAGACCAAAGGAGAACCACAUUCUCUUUCCUGAUAGCAAAAAAAGCAGCCAGUAAUUUCUCAUCACUGUUGUUUUUUGGUUUUUUUUUUAAAUCACAAACCUUAAUCAACUCUGAACCAAAAGCAUUUCCCUAAUAAUGGAGAGCAAGUCAGACUAAUAGUGUCAGUGGAGAGAAGUGUUUAUGUUACAGUCUGGAGAAGAGGCAACCAAACCAACAAUGCAAUGAUUGGGUACUUUUAUAGGAGGUUUAGAGAAAAUAGGGAAUCAAAUAGAAAGGAAGCAGUGAUUAUCAAUGACAGUGAUCAGGUUUAGAAAAUCUAAGGGAAUAGACUCUAAGUAGAAAUAAAGAUAAAUAGGCAGCUAAUUGUAUAAUGAGUAUUUAUGUAUAUCAUCACAUUAGUAGCUUUAAACUAAAAAAGACUAAAUCUUCAGAUGGCAAUAAAAACAAUAAAGCAUCUUGGGAUCACCAGUGACAAAUAUAUACUGGGCCUGGAUGAGGUCCUGCUUAAGGACCUCAGUUCUUAUUAAUUUACAUCU